AUGGGUUGCGUGAAUACAAAAUCAAUUUUAGAUAAAUCCAUUGAAGAAAUUGAAAAACCUGAAAUUUUAUUGAAAAUUGUAUUAAUAUUUUCACAGGCUGAUAAACAAACUCAAUUAAUGAUUGAUGCAGCUCAACAAUUAAAACAUAAUUGUACAUUGAUCAAUACAAUUAAACAGGAUACAACAAUAAAGGAUAUAGAUAAGAUUAUUAAUGAAAAGCUUAUUGAUGUACAACAGAUUAUUGAUAUGGUUGUACUGGAUAUUCGUAAGCUGAAGCCGAACCGGUCUUUCAGUAUGUCUGGUACCAAAUCAUCACAAUCCCCAGAAAUUAAUAUCAAUAAUAAUAACAUUAGUUCAUCAUUGAGCAACUGGUGUAAACAACUUAGAAGUUAUUCACCGACAAAAGAUUCAGUUAUUGUAGGAUUAUUGAGUCGGAAAUGCUCUUCUGAUCAAAGAAAAAUACUCAUGAAUAAAGCUCUAAAAUCUGGUUGUAAUAAGUGUAUUUUUGAAGCAACAACUGUAGAUGAUUUUUGUGAAGAAUUAAAAAAUUUUGCUAAUAAUGAAUGGAAAUUAUUAAAUCAAUUAAGAAAUUUCAUUUGUACUAACAAUAUUACUACCAAUACAACAACAACAACUACUACUACUAGUACUAGUAGUAGUAGUACUACUACUACUACUUCGACCACAAAUAAUAAUAAUAAUAAUACAGUAACAACAAAAGCAAUUAACAUUUUUACUACCCCUAAUAGUAAUGAAAACACUGUAGAAUCUGAAAACAUUCAAUCAAAUACAGAAUUAAAUGAGAUUUUCCCAAAAGAUGAGUGUAGAUUUGAAAUGAAAUCAGAGACUAGACAGCCGACAAUUAAAGAGUCCGUAGAUAAUGAAAUAGCAUCAACGGAUGAACUGAAAGCCAAUGUUAUUGAUUCAGUCACUGUGCUACAUGAGCAAGGAAAGAAAUUUAGAGAAUUUAUCUCCGUACGAAAAACUAGAAACUCAGAUGCAAACAAUAUUGUUAGUUUAAGUGCGUUAUUACAUUCUAGAUGUCCGGAUUUUUCAUCACCAAUGUGUAAAGUAAUUGGAAUUUUGAAUUCUGCACGUGUUCGCAGUCCAUUACCAGUAGCAAAAGAUCUACAAAAAGCUAUUAAUUUAAUAUGUAGUUCAAAUGUAUUUGUUGAUCAAAUAAUGAAACCAUUAAGUCGGACAAAUGAUCCUAUCACAGCAGAUCUAAUUGAAGGUUUGAUUACUGGAUCAAAUCUAGCUAGAGAACCAGAGAACUUACUCAAACUUCGAUCUUUGGCUAAAUCUCUAAAAGGAUCCGAAAAUGUUACAACAACACUGUCAACUUUACAAAAUAGUCCAGAAAUUGAAACUUGCCUAUCAAAUUUUGAUAAAUGGGACUUCAACAUAUUUGAUCUUGAACGGUUAACUAAUAAAAAACCUCUCACUUAUUUAGGUAUGAAGAUACUGGACAGUUUCAAUGCUCUUAGUGUACUACGUGUACCUAGUCAAAUUUUAGUCGGUUGGUUAACAGUAAUUGAAGAACAUUAUCAUGUGGAUAAUCCAUACCAUAAUGCUACACAUGCAGGUGAUGUUCUACAAGCAUCAGCUUACUUUCUACAACAUAGUUUAAUAAGAUCAAUUUGCACAAAUAUCGAUGAAGUUGCUACACUUUUAGCCGCGAUAGUACAUGAUGUAGACCACCCGGGGAAAACAAAUCCAUUUCUUGUGAAUAGCAAUGAUCCAUUAGCUAUUCUAUACAAUGAUAUUGCUGUAUUAGAAAGUCAUCAUGCAGCUGUUUCAUUUGAAUUAACCCUCCGAUCACCUGACAUCAAUAUUUUUCAGAAUUUGACACGUGAAGAAUAUCGUACAAUACGUAGCUAUAUUGUUGAUAUGGUAUUAUCUACUGAAAUGGUACGACAUUUUGAUAUUGUUACAAAAUUUGUAAAUACAUUAAGUAAACCAAUGCUUGCAAAGAAUCGUCACCAUGAUCGUUCAUCUGUCGGUAGUAUGAGUUCUAUGGAAUCAUGUUCUAUGGGCAUGACAAUAUCACAUUCUACUUCACCAAGUCCUGGACAAGAACGUAUAUCUAGUACACUAGAAAACUUAUCAACUGCAGAAAAUAGAACAUUAAUUAAACGUUUAAUUAUUAAAUGUUCCGAUGUUAAUAAUCCUACAAGACCAUUAUCUAUAUGUAAAGAAUGGGCAACAAGAAUAGCGGAAGAAUACUUUUGUCAAACGGAAGAAGAGAAACGACGCAAUUUGCCUAUUGUUAUGCCAAAUUUUGAUCGACAAACUUGUAAUAUUUCUCAAUCACAAUUAUCAUUUAUUGAUUUCUUUUUAAAAGGAAUGUUUUCAGGAUUUGACUGUGUUUUUCCAAUCCCUGAACUUAUGAGUAAUCUAGAAAGUAAUACAGCUUAUUGGGCCAAUAAUAUUGAAAAAGAGAAAAAAACACAUGUAACUUAUCAAACAGAAACAAAAUCAAUAUCUGUUCACCAGGAUUAA